CUGGGAGUUGGCACUGGCACCUGGAUGACGAAAGCCAAGGGGAAUGGAAAAUGCCAGGCCCGCCCCUACCCAGGAGUAUAAAGAAGCCCUGCAUCCUUUUCGAACUCAACCUGAGCACCUUUCCCUUCUCUCUUCGACUUGCUCGCUCACUCACUCACCUCUCUCCUCGGCAUCAUGACCACCUGCAGCCGCCAGUUCACCUCCUCCAGCUCCAUGAAGGGCAUCGGCGGUGGCGCCAGCCGCAUGUCCUCUGUCCUGGCCGGAGGCUCCUGCCGGGCCCCCAGUGCCUAUGGGGGUCUGUCUGUCACCACCUCCCGCUACUCCUCCGGAGGGGCUUGCGGGCUGGGAGGUGGCUACGGUGGCGGCUUCAGCAGCAGCAGCAGCUUUGGCGGGGCCCUGGGUGGCGGCUUUGGUGGAGGAUAUGGUGCUGUUCUUGGUGGUGGCCUUGGUGGUGGCUUUGGUGGUGGCUUUGGUGGUGGCUUCGGUGGUGGUGAUGGGCUCCUGGUGGGCAGUGAGAAGGUGACCAUGCAGAACCUCAACGACCGCCUGGCCUCCUACCUGGACAAGGUGCGCGCCCUGGAGGAGGCCAACGCCGACCUGGAGGUGAAGAUCCGCGACUGGUACCAGAGGCAGCGUCCUGCUGAGAUCAAGGACUACAGCCCCUACUUCAAGACCAUCGAGGACCUGAGAAACAAGAUCCUCACGGCCACCGUGGACAAUGCUAAUAUUGUGCUGCAGAUUGACAAUGCCCGCCUGGCUGCUGAUGACUUCCGCACCAAGUACGAGACGGAGCUGAACCUGCGCAUGAGCGUGGAAGCCGACAUCAACGGCCUGCGCAGGGUGCUGGACGAGCUGACUCUGGCCAGGGCUGACCUGGAGAUGCAGAUAGAGAGCCUGAAGGAGGAGCUGGCCUACCUGAGGAAGAACCACGAGGAGGAAAUGAACGCCCUGAGAGGCCAGGUGGGCGGAGACGUCAAUGUGGAGAUGGACGCUGCCCCUGGCAUAGACCUGAGCCGCAUCCUGAACGAGAUGCGCGACCAGUACGAGAAGAUCGCGGAGAAGAACCGCAAGGACGCCGAGGACUGGUUCUUCAGCAGGACGGAGGAACUGAACCGCGAAGUGGCCACCAACAGCGAGCUGGUGCAGAGCGGCAAGACCGAGAUCUCCGAGCUCCGGCGCACCGUGCAGAACCUGGAGAUCGAGCUGCAGUCCCAGCUCAGCAUGAAAGCAUCCCUGGAAAACAGCCUGGAGGAGACCAAAGGCCGCUACUGCAUGCAGUUGGCCCAGAUCCAGGAGCUGAUCAGCAGUGUGGAGGAGCAGCUGGCCCAGCUGCGCUGCGAGAUGGAGCAGCAGAACCAGGAAUACAAGAUCCUCCUGGACGUGAAGACCCGGCUGGAGCAGGAGAUCGCCACCUACCGCCGCCUACUGGAGGGCGAGGACGCCCACCUCUCUUCCUCCCAGUUCUCCUCUGGCUCUCAGUCAUCCAGAGAUGUGACCUCCUCCAGUCGCCAGAUUCGCACCAAAGUCGUGGACGUGCACGAUGGCAAGGUGGUGUCCUCCCACGAGCAGGUCCUUCGCACCAAGAACUAAGGCUGCUCUGCACUGCUCAGGCCUAGGAAGCACUCCCACCAUGUGGACACAGAUUUCACUGGGGGAUCCCCUCUCCCAUCUCCCUGCAUCCAAGCACUUCACACCUGAGCCCUGUUUCACCCUUGCCCCUCCCAGCAAUCAAUAAAGCUUCAUUAUCUGAGUUGCACAA